GUUUGGAUGCCAUUCCGCCUUACGUCAUUGUUUGAAAACUUCUGGACGUUGUCUGAGGAAAGUGGAGCUGCUGUCAUACCUCUGGUUACAGGAAGAAAAACACUUCACUCUCUGAUGCUUGUCUGGACUAGCAACGUCACGACUUCCGCCUACUUCCAAGAAGCUUGGAACAUGUGACCCGAAGGAACUGGGCCAUUUUGUGAAGGUCAAGUGGCGAACUGGUGCAACGUGGCUUCCUACCUAGUCUGGUCAGAGAAGUUUUGUAGACAUCUGUAACGUUAACAUUUAGACAGGUGCUGCCCUUGAUCACAGUGGCACAGUCUAAGAACCAUUACAAGUCGGACAGCCUGAACCUUUACAGUUUUGCUAGUUGGUCUGUGAAACUGACGAAGCUUCCAUGGGUCUGAGUCAGGGUGAAGUACUUGUUGAAUGUUGAGAGACUCGUUAAUUCAUUUGUGAAGAAGACCACACCGGCCAUCUGUAAGUGUAACAAAUCGGGUAACCAACUCUGCCAACAGGUUUCCCGUGUAUAUUCAUCUCUGCCAUAAAAGAACAGACAGACAUAACAAUAUCCGGGAGCCAUGAAUUCCAACCACAGGAUGGUGGGGAGGCGGAGGUCCUCGGAGGCGAAGCAGUACGACAUGUUACUCCGGGUCCUGCUGAUCGGAGACUCCGGCGUCGGGAAGACAUGUAUCCUCUACCGCUUCGUGGAGGACGACUUCACCAUGUCACACAUCUCAACGAUAGGAACCUUGCCAUUGGGUACAUGCCAGCUAAGGAAUGUAGGAGUGUUAGGAUGACACAUGGGUCAGGAAUCGACUUCAAGCUGAAGACAGUGGAAGUAAAUGGCAAGAGAAUCAGAGUACAGAUAUGGGACACUGCUGGACAAGAAAGAUAUGAAACUAUCACCAAGCAAUAUUACAGGAGAGCACAGGGAGUUUUGCUGGUUUAUGAUGUGACCAGUGAAAAAUCUUUCACCAACAUCUCCAAGUGGGCCAACGAUGUUGAUGAGUAUGCACCAGAGGAUGUGGAGAGAAUGUUAAUAGCAAACAAGAGUGAUGAUCGGGACUGGAGAGUCAUCUCCAAACAACAGGGACAGAAGCUUGCUGACCUGUAUCGAAUGUCAUUCUUUGAAACCAGUGCCUACAGGAAUGUCAACAUAAAGGAGGCCUUCCUGGCUCUUACCAACAACAUUAUCCGGAGACAGGGUAUCAUUCCAGCACCAGACAACAGCUGUGUCAAGGAUGGCAAGUGUAUCCACGACCUGGACAUGGACCUGACAGCAGGUGACGUCACCCCACUAACAGACACGGAGGAGACCAAGACUGGAGCCUGCUCUGCAUGUUCAGUGGUGUAACGUACACUACAGGCAGAGGUUGUGGUCAAACAAAAUGCCAUGCAGACAUUUUCAUACCAUCAUCAUUCCACAACACAUAAAGCACCUAUUAUUUGUGCUGGAAUCUUAAAAUUGCUUUGGAAAAGCCCCAAAUGUAGGGCUGUCAGAGCUGAGCUAUUGAUAUCAAGCAUAAGUGUUUUUUUUUUAAACAUUUCUUUGUGGCAACCACUAUUUGUGCACAACAUGCUUUGUCAAUAUACUGGACAGCAUCCAAAUUACCUUGUAACAACGUUAUUGUUAGGUACCCCAGCUGUCAUUUCAUAUCAGAGUGAACAAAGCUCUAAAGCAACUUUGUACAUACUGAAACUGGAUGUGAUCUAUCUGGUAGGGGAUAUUUAUUUGGGACAGUUGCAAAUUUUGUUCUGCUUUUGGAGAUUACAUGUUGUUGUGAUUCCACUUAGCUUUCCUUUUCAAUAUAUGUUGUUGCAGCUUGUCUAGCAGAUAGACGUAAAGGGGGCACAUGGUCUUCCAACAAGCUAGCAGUGCCCUACAUGUAUGUGUAAAGCCACAUCCUUGUACAGAUACAAUGUUAGAUAUUUUCUUCCAUAUCCCAGCAAAUGGUAGCCUGGGUACCAUCCGGAAAGUAGUUCGCUCUGACGUUCAUUAUAUACAGUCGCUUCUAGCUCUGACAUACAUUGUACACUACAUACAGUCGCUUCUCUGUGUUUUCGUCUGGGAACGCGGGCCAUCUUAACGUCUGGAAUCGUCCAAAUGUUGGACGCAGGCGCUGAUUGGUCCCUACACAUGAGAGAAUUACGCAAUGUGUCCAAGCGAUCGUUCGAACAGACGUUCCAACACCGGACAAGCCCUCCGUCCGCUUGCGCGAGGGCCUGUUGUCAUCGAACGAGCGCUCUAGGACCAAUUCCUUACUUCGCUCAUUAACUGAUGUCAUUGACGUAACCACCAAAGAGUUUGAAUGUGCUGUCUCCAGACAGAUAGCAGAAGCGAACAUAGGAGCGAACUACUAUCUGCGGAUGGUACCCAGGCUAAGCAAAUGAGGCUUAUUGAAGAAUAUACAUGUAUAUGGAAAAGAUGCAUCUAAGCCAAUGUGCCGUUCCUGUGUAAUACUUUUAAAACCAUUCCACCUUGGAAAAAAGAGACAGCUAUUUUUCCAUGUAACAAUCCUAGUCAAGGCUAGUCGUCAUAGUAAAUUUGCUGCUAGCAUAGUUGUGUUGCUGAACCCAGUACAUGUAACAAGAUCUGUGGCAUCCAUACUGUUCACUUGUUUAGUCAUGCUCUAGUAUUCAGUAUUGAUCAGGCCUCUCAAACUUAUUUCACCUCUGGGUACAUUGGUCCAAGGUUUCGUCAUGAGAGGUACAAUGGAAUAUCCCAGGCUAUUGUAUGUUGCUUGUCAAGAAACACAAACUUUCCAUUACACAAGCAGCAUAUUUUGUUCAUUAACAACAUGGUAAAAAUGUUUGAAGCAACACUGGUAGCUUCAAAUUUGCAAAGACCACCAAAAUUCAGAACAUCUGGUAUGUUUUCAUUGUUGAAAAUGUGUAUUAUGCCAGAAGAAUUGUUAAUAGAGUGAAACUUCCUCUUUUCAAAUGUCCACUCACAUGUAAGACUUCCAACAUUUGGCUCUUGAAAUUCAAAGGGACCAUUUUGUGUUUAGUGUAGAGUGACUAGAUGAAAUGAGGACAGCCAGGUAUCUAUGCAUGUUAAAUCCUAUAUAAAUUGUACAGGGAUACGCAGAAAUAUUUCAAAAUAUAUAUUUCUUCCA